AUUAAGGCCGUCUCCUUCCCUUUACCUGAAGGCUUGCUUGUUUUAAAUAAGUAUUCUUGAGGAACUGCAGUAAAGGAGGAGCUGAAAUACCUGGAGAAGCAGCCAGGCAGAGGAGUACUAGACAGCAGACAGGCCAGUGCUAUGGAGGCUGCUGCAGCUAAACAUCUGUUCCAGGCUACAGUGACUCAGCUCUGUCACUCUUCCAGAGAUAUCCAGCUGCAUUCUUUCCAUGGGAGAGAGCAGCCAGAAAGCAAUCCUACAUUAUGGAGACCCUGGAUUCUCACAGAAAGAGACACUCAGCUGGGACGUCAAGAAAAUUCUGAACUGGACGGUGAUCAGAGAAAUUUUAGCUCAAAAGGAGCUUUGGGGUUUCAGCAUCCAGUGAGACUUUAUUUGCCCAAAUCAAAAUCCCAGGAGUUCCUAUGCAACGUUGGAAAGAAGGUUCUGGCCAGUUUUCCAGUACAAGCCACAAUUCACUUCUACAAUGAUGACUCUGAUUCUGAAGAUGAUGAGGAAGGAAGGAAUUCAGCUUUUUAAUGAACAUAUUCAGCCUUUGAGGACCAUUUAAAUCAAGGGACAAAAAUAGUCUCUGUGUUUACCAGUGAACAUCAGAUAAACCAGAUCUAAAGGUCAUGUGAGAAUCAUCUUCUUGCUGUCAUAUGAAAAAUAGUGGGGUGAUGCAAAUGGCAACAAACAGUGAAGAUUUGUUUUUUUUUCUUUUUGGGAGGCUAUCAGGAACAAAAGUCUAUGUAGCAAUUUUUUAGAAUUUUAAGUUGCAGAGGUUUGUGUGGCCCCAAGCUGACUCUGGCUGGAGUAACUUCUGUAUUAAGACCAUUAAUGUCUCUGUUACCAUUGCACUGUGCUCAGCACAAACACUAGUUUAUGUUGCUUUGGAAGAUAAAAAUUUAUGCCUGAUGGGGGGAAAAUAUUAGCAUGUGGAUACAUGCCCCCAACAGCUCUCUAAAUUAGAUCUUUUGGUGAAAUGUGAAAUAUUAGAAAGUCAUAUCCAUUGUCCCACUGGAUCCUCUGGGAUUCUGCUUAUAAGCUGUGACGAGUUCUGGUUCCUAAGUCAUCAGAAAAGAGCUCUGCCAUUAAUUUGGAAGAGGUGCCAAAGCAUGAAUAAUAAAAUAUGAUUUAACAGUGAAUUCAGGUGUGUAUUAGAGAAUUUUAAGAAGGACCUUACAUACAUUACAAAUGUGCAACAAAGUAAAAAAGUUCAAACUGCAAAAUUGAAAUCCUAUUCUAAACAUUUCUAAAAGUGCUGGGUUUGAAUCUGGGAUUUUAGCAUAGCAUAUUACAAUUAGAAAGUUUGUAUUUAGAGAGUAAAAUCCUCUGAUUUCUUUUGUGUUCAGAUUCAGGAUGACUAAAUUACUGCUUAGUCUUGCUAAUUACUUUUAUAAGCCAUUUUAACAACAUUGUGCCAAGUUCCUUUUUCUAGGUGGAGCUUUUAAAAAUCUGCUUCAGAUUACACACUGAGACAUAAGCAGGGGUUUGAAAGGAUUCUUGAUUACACACACACACCAACAGGCCACAGGAUGGCUGAGGUGGUUGUCUCAGGUCCCAUGCUUUAAUGGGAUGCAGGGCCUGGGGGGUGCGGUGGCCAGCAGCAGAGCAACUGGUACCACUCGACUGUCCUACUCCUGGUUGGGACAGGAAAGGGUACAAGUGGAAUGGGAGUAGACCAGGGUGGAGCAGGGGCAGGAAAAGGUGUGACAGGGGUUUGGAGGAAGGUAGGUGAAGCAGGGGCAGGGCUUGAGGUGGUGGAAGGGGUUUGUCUUGGGAUUUGCACCCCUCUAAGGAUAGCCCUGCACAGUCCCAAACUUCCAAAUUCAAAAUAACUCUUCCUAGUUGUGCUUUAGUUUCUCAUUUGUCUUGCUGGAAUAUUACUGUUUGUCUUGUAAAUAUUUUGUACAGUUUCUAGUUAUUUGAAAAUAAUUAACUGCCAUCUUAUUUUGAGUAGCCGCCUGAUUCUGCAAAGAUUUAUGCAUUUACUUAGCUUUAUGUCCAUGAAUAUUUCAGUUGAAAUCAGUGGGACAAUUCUUGUGCCUAAAGCUUUGUACUUGAGUAACUGCUUGCAGAAUUGGGGUACAAGACAUUCCAUAACAUUAGAUUUAAUGGAACAAUAUCAAUUUAAUUUUAAAAAAAUCUCCUCUGUAAAAGUUUAUAUACACAUUCAAAAAUAAAGUGUUUCACUUAUAAUUUGAGAAACAUGAAUAUUCUCCUUAGCCCCUACGUUUCUAAUGUAGUUAAAAAGAAAUUUACUAUUUAUUUUCUUCUCUGUGAUGCAGUCACUCAUGGUUACAGUGUACUUUUGGAAACAGAAUAAGACCGAUCAUGUAGUUAUUCAUUUAAGUGCAUGUAUUGUCUUCUGUAGAUCAUUUUAGGAUAUACAUGAUUGCUCACAUGAAUAAGAGAUGGCAGGAUCAGGGUCAGUGUUAGUUACCUGCUACUUCAUUGGCUGAAGGAGUUGGGUUUUGUUCCAUGCUCAGUGCAUGAGAGUAAUGGGAUUUUAAGGAAAAGAGUGUAUCUGAAAUCAGGGAAUGUCCCUGACUCCAGAAACCAACCGUUUUAAAGACAGAUUUAAUUAAGAGUUCAAAAGGUUUUCAUCAUGUAUCAUUAACGUUUUUUAAACUAUUUAAUGUAAAAAACCCGAGUGCUGUAAAAUCCAUGUAAUCUAAAAUCAAUUAACAGUAGUAGUAGGCACAAAAUUCACAUUUGUACAUUUUAAUUUUGAACAAAGUACACACAAAGACAUCUUUUUAUGCUAGUAUGUCUGUAUUGUUACUUCUCAAGUUAUAGGACAUCUUUGAAAGCCUUCAGGCUGGAAGAUCCUUUUUGGGAGAUGGCAGCCACUGGGUAUCCUGACAUGCUGAUGUUUGCUUUUUUUUCCCAGAGAAAGAGAGAGAGGGCUAGUAUUCAGGACUGUGGCACAGAAGCUAUGGGUGGCAGAAUUAGUUCUCUAUACAAAAUAGAGAGCAGAGGUCUAGUAUAGGCACAUGGCCAUGUAUGCCACCAUAAUCACAUACUGCACAUGGGGCACUCAAGGUCAACCUAAUAUUUCUUUAUUUUGAAACAUUUAAUACCAUUUUAAAAUAACAUGGAAUCAAAGAUUGAGAAGGAGAUUUAAUGGCUUUCCAUUUUUAACAAUGAUUAUAAUGGUCAUUUGUUUUCCCGAAAACAUUAAGAAAACGCAGGUAACUGCUUAUUUUUGUUAAACUGUAAAUUAUCUUUUCUGUAACAUAGGAAAAUUUCUUUUACAAAUCCUUAUUGCACAAGGCUAUGACUACCAUGAAUGUGAUUCAGAUUAUGGCAAUGCUUAAACUACUAUAAAAGCUGCAGAAAUGAAAAGAUCCAUUACCAGCUUCUUUAACAAAAAAGAUUCCAAAUGAACAAAUAGUAUACACCGUCUUCUGUUUCCCUGCACUUUUUAGCUUUGGUUUGUUAAUUCAUCUGGGGCCUGACCCAGAGAGGCUUUCAAUGACCUUUGAAUCAUCCAUCACUUGUGCAAAGAUGUGGCCACAAAGUAUCCAUAUAGUAAUGAGUUUGUUACCUUAGUACUCUGAAGAAAAGACUUGAAACAUUCUAUCUUAUGGUGACAAAUGUACCUGUUUGGAAGUUAAGAUUUAUAAUUAAAAUAUACCUUGAUUUUCAUGUUACAUAGGACUUUUGAUAGUUGUCAGCAUGAAGUGAUUGAUUAUAUUUCCUCCAGCAAGUGCUAGAUUACAAUUUAGGGCAAUAAUGUAUCAAUCCCUUUCUGAACUUGCCUAAAAUUGUUACACAGAACACAAUUAAAUUGAAGGCUAGGAGGACAUUGGUAGUCAAUAUGUUUAGACACCUUCUAAUAAUUACCCAAAUCAGUAUGUUUAUAUUUACUUUCUGGAAAAUAAUAAGGCCAUUCAUAUAUUUUGAGAUGAAGCUUGCCCCAACUAAUACAAGAAAAAUUUCAAAUCAACUUCCAUGUUGCCUAACAAGCAGAAACAAACUUUGCUAAUAUUAACUGUCUGAUUUGCAUGAAUUAAUUUUAUAACAUAAUUAUAGGAGUCUGUGCCUUGAACUUCCACUGAGGGAAGUCCAUAGGAAAAAUGUGUGGCCAGAGACUCACAUUUUAGACUCCAAAGAUGGUUCUUUGGAUGUAGAACAACUCAAGACAACUCUUGUAACAGCAAAGGUGUACCUGCAUGUCACAGUGAGGAGUGCUCACUCAGUCUAAUCCUAUGGAGAGUGUUGCUCUACUUGACUCUCCCUCCCACCUGCAGAAAUGUCCCUGGCCACUCACAUGCUGAGUUGUAAUUUUGCCCAGCAGGUUUUCUCUUCAUUUUCUUUCACUUCCUACUCCAUUAUUUUAUUCCUCUUCCCCAAUUAAACAAACUGCACUACAUAUAACUUGUAUAACUUGUUCUAAUUUAUCACCAUGCUCAUUUAUUUGUAAUAUUUUAUCCCCAUGCCUGCCUUAUAUAAAUAUUUUGUAAGCACCCCAGAGGGAUUUUUUCCUUUCCUGUUUGUUGAGCACCCAACUCAAAAGGGGACAGAUCUCACUAUAGUAUUGUCUACAGACCCCCUAUUAACAUAUUUCCAACAAAAAUGAGUGUAACUGAAUACAUAAUGUUGUGAAAUAUUUAAUAAGGAACCAUCAUAAAAACAUCUUCUAUUUAUACCCUAAGCCCUUCAUUCUAUACUGCAACACAUUAAAAAAAAGUCACACGUUUCUAUCUCGUAUCACUCAUCAAUUUCAGCCUCAUUCUGCUCCUACUGAAAUCAGUGGUGUAUCUUUUGCAUGGCUGCUCAGCUUUAUAGUCAGGAACAUAAUGUGUCUGCAUGCACACACGAGUCUUUUAGCAUAUGGGAUUAUCAUAUAGAAAAGGUUGGGAACCACAGAUACCAUCCUAUUGUAUUCAGUGGUAGCAGUAUUGGGUCUUUUCCUUUUAAACACUACAAAAGUACCCUUCCUGGUCUUCACUACAGGACGAGCUCGAUUAUGAUCUAACUCAACACUGUCUGUACAGAAACUCCAUUCUGGAAGACAAGAUGUCAGUUUCCACACAUGGCUCUUAUUUGCCCUGAAUAGCCAACCAAAUCAUGGCGAUGGGCAUUUAAAA